AGAAGUAGAAGAAAAGAAAGAGAGAGAAUUAUAGCUACCACUUUAAAUCCAUCAUAGAAUCAGCUACCAGAAGUCCAAGAACAUCCUUCACAAAUGGCAGUGGCAAUCACACUCCUCCUGGCUGUGGUGGCCAUCCUGCUGGGAAAGAUGCACGAUCUUAUAGUCAGUGUGGCCACGGCCCAGUGGAUGAAGCUGCAUGAGGUUUUUCUGCGUCCGGUGAUGACAUGGCUUUGGCAGGACGUUAAGCUGACCAGCCCCUUGGAAGAAGCCUCACUGCUUCCCAAAUUGCAGCGCUGGCCCUUUUGCACUGCUGCAGCAGCCGUGCUCGCUGAGAUUUGCUGGGUGGCCUGGCAAAUGCAUCUUGCCUCUCGCAGCUGCCCUGAGCAGGACAACUCCAGCAUCGAGGAGGAGGAGGAUGACAGUGAGAAGAAGGACCUCAAGGAACAACACCCCAGUGUUCGGAUGUUUUCUGUGCACAAUGUAUUGCCAACGCAGGAACUGUCUGACAUGUGCAGGGAUGUGCAGAAGUUGGUGCGUGACCUCCUCCGUGUCUGCCGAGUGAUUUGCAAGAAGACUUCCAUGCCAGAGAUGCACCCAGCCAUUGGGAAGGAUGGUAUCCAUGAAUCCUGGAAUGUCUUUGAGGACCGAAUCAUGUACCUGCUGGUUGUGGUCCUGCAGCCACCCCCCGGAUACUCUUUCAGAUUGGAGCUGUAUGGUGGGAUGCACCUGCCAGAGAGGUGCUGCAAUAUCCGUGUGGUGCUGGAGUGCACAUGCUCAGGGACAGGGGAUAUGUUUUGUUUUCUCCACCCCUCUGACAACAACCAUAGCUCUCACCUCCUAUCCACCCUCUGCACAGGCUCCUAUUUAGAUGUGGAGGAAAUUGCCUGCUGGAUGCAAAAUUUGGUGGGAUCAGCCUGGGAGAGUUUGCCUCAGUGGCACGAUUGGGAGCUCCGGGUGCUGCCCUCCUCCCAUUCCUGCAGGCUCCUGCUGACUGGACCCUCCGAGGUGCAGCUCUGUGUUGUGCUGAUGUUUGCAGUGCAGCAGGGCAGCCCAGGCACCUUCCUGGUCCUCCAGUAGGCAAUUGCAGCUUUCCCAGGCACUGGUUUGGGCUGGGGCUGCACGGGGAGUUGGGAGCACACACAGCUGGGACAGCACAACAGACCACUAUGCUCAGUAUAUGAAAGAGAAGGGGAGAAGGAAGAGGAAGGGGAUAGGUUUGCAGUCACAACAUUUGUCUUCCCAAGUCACCAUUGGUGACAGAGCCCAGUUUCCCUGUAAAUGGGUGAACACCUGCCCGCCCAUGGGAAGACAAAUGUUACAACUCCGAACAUCCCCUCAGAAUCACAGAAUCAAAUAGAUUGGAAAAUACCUCUGAGGUCAUUGAGUCCAUCCUAUGACUGAACACCAUUCCUGGAUGUCACACAAUCAAGUGCCACGUCCAGUCUUUCCUUAACACCUCUGGGGAUAGUGACUCCACCACCUCCCCGGGCAGUCUAUUCCGAUGUCUAAUCAGCCUUUCUGUGAAAAAAUUCCUCCUAAUGUCCAACCUACUCUGGUGCAGCUUAAGACUAAGUCCUCUCGUCCUGUCACUGGUUGUCUGGCAGAAGAGGCACAGCUGCUCUAGGAAGUUCUCUUCCACAAACUCCAAGAACCUCCUAGUCUGGCUACUCUCCACUGAGUUGAGUUUCCAGCAGGUGUCCAGCAUGUCCCUCCUCCUUC